AAGCCAAGCCGGACCAUGGAUUUAACGGAUGUUUGUGCCGCUUCCGUAAAGGAAGCCCUCGAUCACAUCCUCAACGACGCACCCGACGAUCCGGCGCCCAUCAACCUACUGGAUCUGGAUAGGAUAGUGCAAAACUACCAGCGCUGGACCGAACAGCAGCACGGUACCGGUCUCCUUCCAUACUACGCACCAAGCGUCAACAAUCAUCCGACCGUACUAGCGCUGAUGGCUAGACUGGGCGUCGGAUUUAGCUGCGCCUCGGAGGAGGAAAUGUGUACCGCACUCUCGCUAGGCGUUCCACCCGGUCGCAUUCGGUUCGUGCAUCCGGUCAAAACGGUCGAAUCGAUCCUGUUCGCCAAACAGCACCACAUAAAACGGCUCGUCGUGGACAGUGAGACCGAGAUCGACAAAGUGUACCGUCACUAUCCGGACGGUCAGCUGCUGCUUCGCAUACGAUUAUCACGCGAGCAAAAGUAUGGCUGCUGUCCCCGGGGAGACGCACCGGGCAUCUUGGCCCAUGCGAAAGCGAACGGUAUACAGGUGGCCGGUCUAUACGUUGCCAUUCCGGCACCGAAUCAACAUCAGGUGGAAGCACUCCAGCGUGGACUGGAACAAGCGAAGGCGGUGUACGAGCAAGCUUGCGCACUCGGUCUCACGGAUAUUCGUGAGCUGGCCGUUGUAGGAGCAGAAACCAUACCCUCGUCAGCACUCGCACGCGCGAUCGCGAACCUCGAGCUACCGGCCACCAUCAGUUGCGUCAUCGAAACUGAGCGCCAGUUUGUGGAAAGUGCCGUAACGCUCGUCACUAGCGUACAAUCGAAGCGGAUCGUCCGUGAUCCCGACCAACCGGAGGUAAUCCGCGAGAUAAUGUACUUCAUCAACGAUGGCCGGUACGGUUCGUUCGAGUGGUGGACAACACCGGUGACGAAGGAACCGACCGUUUAUCGUACGAAUGGUGCCCGGCAGUCGCUGCCAGCUCAGGUAUGGCCUUCCUCGGUGUGGGGUCCAACCUGUGAUUCGGCGGACGUAGUGUUCGAGAAGGUUAAUCUGCCCGAGUUGGAUAUUGGGGACUUUUUGGUGUUUGCGGAUGUCGGUGCGUACGGUGGUACGCUCGCUUCCCAGUUCAAUGGUUGUCCGUUGCCACGGAUGAUCGCCUGUGCCCACAACAGCUCGACCAGGGCACUGCUCGGUUUCGAGGUCACCCACUAGGGGAACAGCGGAGUGUGAU